AUGAAGAUCCGUAUCCCAUUCCUGAAUCGCCAACAGGUGAGCCGGAAGAUCAAGGAAAAAUGCCGACCAAAAACGAUUGACUUACUACAGAAGCGUCCGUCCGUCCGCAGCAACCGCUAUUACGGAUAUAAACCAAAACCACCCCCUCCAACCCUUGAAAAUCUGGAUGAAGGCUGCUUACUGAAAAUCAUGGGUUUCCUAUCGCCCAAUGAGGUUGAUCAAAUGAAUGGUGUAUGCAAACGGAUUCAUUCUAUUGUCAAGAAAAAUAACAAAAUUUUACCACUACACGAUAUCGCUGACCUACAAAUUCAUCGCUGUCUGGAUGGUACUGUAUCUAUCGAGGGCCGGAGGGAAACUAACGUUCUGCCGUUACGCAUCCAGAGUACGUUCCUCCACUUGCGAUACUACUUUGCAAGGAUAAAGGUCGAGCGGUUGCUAUUGCUGGGCAAAGUGUGCAAUUUUAUGUUGAAUAUGUUGUGUCGCAUAACGAUCGAACGGGUUGUUGUGAAGAAGGCAGUUAUGGUCGCACGCCCAGAACUCUUUUCGAGCUUCGUGAGGAUCUCAGGAGUCGUGCUCCUGCACCUCGUGCAAUGUCGAUUUGAGAACGCCUAUUUUGUGACGGACCAGACAUUAAUCGAAAAUCCCCAGCUACGAUUUCCAAGACUAACCGAUCGGUCGCUUGAAGUCCUCGCUGCCAAUGGCAAGCUCCCGGAAAUGCUGAUUUUGGAAAAUAUCGAAACUGGCAUUAGCAUUAAUGGAAUCAGAACUGUUUUUGAUACAUUUGACGUGUCUCCUCCCAGCCGUCCCAUAUUCUAUGCGCUGGAUCGCAUCGGCAGCCAUCGCUCAAGAUGUUUGAAGUUAUUGGGAGAGAUGCCGAAUUUGACUAUAGUACAGAAUCGCUCGACUCGGAUACGUGUCGAAAGCAUCUACAAACCGGAAGUUGCCGUGUGCUUCACGGCAAAAAUUCCCAAAACCAGGCUUGAAAUUCGUGAU